CCCCCGAACGGACACCGCCGGAGCGGAGCAGAUUUUGGGGUCCCCCCCCAGUUUUUGGGGGGCACCAUGAGUUGCACCAUGGAUCUGGAUCAGCCCCACACGCUGGAUGAGCUGCUGCACGGCUGCAUCCGCGCCUUCGACUCACAGGGCAAAGUGCGGGACCCCCACCUCGUGCGCCUCCUCCUGGUGACCCACGCGUGGUAUCUGCCCCCCGCCCAGCUCGCCGCCCGCCUGCUGCGCACUGUGCAGGACUCGGGGGGCUCCGCCGAAGGCCCCUCUUUGCGCCUCAAAAUCAGCCACUUCGUCCAGUAUUGGCUCCGGGCUUUCCCCCGCGAGGUGGCCACGGACCCCGAGUUGGUGGCCACACUGCGGGGGCUGCGGGAGGCGCUGGGGCCCGGGACCCCCCCGAUCCACCUGGAGAGCCUGCCGACGGCGGGGGACGACGAGGACGAGGAGGAGGAGGAGGAGGAGGAGGCGGAGGGGGUGUCGGGGCCCUCGGGGGGCUCUGGGCCCCCCCUCCCCGGCGCCCCCCCCCGGCGGAAGGCGGCGCUGCUGCUGGAGCACCUCCCCCCCCCCGAGCUCGCCGCGCUCCUCACGCGCCUCGAGCUGCGCGCGCUCUCCCGCGUCCGCCUCCAGGAUCUCGUGGCCUUCGCUCGGGCUGCGGCUCCGGUGUCGCCCCCUCUCCGCCGCGUUGUGGCUCAGGCGAACAGCAUCGCCCGUUGGGUCCAACUGCUCGUGCUGAGCCCUCCGAGCGCCGCGCUCCGAGCCCGCGCGCUGCAGCGCUGCCUCAGCCUCGGGCAGUGUCUGCUGGAGCUGCGCAAUUUCCAGUCCCUCCAGGCCGUUGUGGGGGGUUUGGGCCACGGCGCCAUCGCUCGACUGCGCCAGACUCUGGUCCUGCUGCCCCCCGACUGCGCCAAGCUUUGGGGUCUCCUGGCGGAGUCGCUGAGCUCCACGGGGAACUUCGUUCGGUACCGUUCGCUGCUGCGGCGGUCGCGCUUCGCCGUUCCCGCGCUCGGAGUGCACCUCCGCGAUCUGACGGCGCUGGAGGAGGCGCUGCCGGACUGGGCCGCGCCCGCCGCCCCCCACCCGCGCAAAAUGGGGCGGCGUUUGGCCAUCGCGGCCACCGUCCUGGCGGCGAGGGAGGGGGGACCGCCCGUGCGCUGCGACCCCGCGCUGCUGCGGCUGCUCACGGUGACCCUGGAGCUCGGUCAGACCGAGGAGCAGCUUUACCAAUUGUCACUGCAGAGAGAGCCGAGGGAGAGAGCGUCGGGGCCCCCCCCCGAGCUGCCCCCCCCGUGUCCCAUGGACCAAUGGGCGCCCCCCGAGCCCCCCCGGCCCGACCCCGCCCUGCUGCGAGCGCACCUGGAGCGACUGGUGGAGUCCAUUUUCCGCCGCUUCGACGUGGACGGCGAUGGACGAAUCUCUCGCGCGGAGUUCGCCGUUGUGCGGCAAAACUUCCCCCACCUGAGGCUCUUCGGCGACCUCGACACCGACCGGGAUGGGGGGCUGAGCCCCCCCGAGGUUCUGGCCGAGUUCCUGCGCUGCAGCCGCGUCCCCCCCGCGCCCCCCUCUGCCCCACAGCACCGCCUGAAGCCUCGGGGGGGGCUGCGCCCCACAACCUGCGACGCCUGCAAAGGCCCGAUUUGGGGGCUCCGCGAGAAAGGGCUGAAAUGCAGCGGUGAGUGAAGAACUGGGGGUACUGGGAG